AUGAACCUAGACUCCUUGUUCCAGCAAAUCUUCCUUGUAGAACAGAAAGCUGAAGAAAAGAGGUGUCUGAUGCAUCAAGUUAAACAGGAGAUAAGCAAAAAUCACGAAAAAGCUAAUGAAAUUACACAGCAACUUGGUGAAGAAAAACAAAAAUUGGAAAUUGAAGCUCAGUUGCUAUCUGAAAAGCUCUUUAACUUGGAACUUUUCAAGAAACGGAAAGAGAGUUUAGAAAAACAGAAAGCUGAUCUUCUAAGUCAGAAGAACACUAAUCUUGAAGCAUAUAAAAAUCUAAAGACAAAAAUUGCUGAAGAAGAUGAAACAUUUUUGAAGGAAAUUAAAAAUUUCAACAAUGAAUAUGGGUUAAUAUUAAAUCGGGAACUUGUAAUUAAAAAAAGAGCUCAGACUGAAAUUGGUGAACUAGAUCAGAAGGAAAGUCUUCUGAGAAAAGAAAUAGAAUCAAUGGAGCAUGAAACAAUUCAAUUAAAAAUAUUUCAUCUACAGAAGAAUGAAUUAAAGCAGGAUUUAUCUACUCUCCAGAGGAAACUUAGAGAUUUUGAAAAAAAAUUAGCAGAAACUAAAUCUAUCACAAACGGCUUAGAAUUAGAAAAAAUAACAAUUUCUGAAAAACUUCAGACCGAUCCAGAAUAUAUAAGGCUUAAAAAGCAGUUGGAGAAUUAUAAAGAAGAUGAAACGGAAAAUGCCUGUGAGGCUCUUCAAAUGGAAAUUGAAUUUCUGCAGAUGGAAUUGUUACAAAAAAAGUCUUCAGUCAAAUAA